CACACUUCAAUAUUUAUAUCUGCUAAGUUGGCACUCAAUAGUAAGUAGUGUAGGACUACAAGUACUUGAGCUAAGAAGUGGCCCGAUUAGAGAGGAAUCAGAUGAUAUAGACAUAUCGGGCCGGGUACGAACAUCAGCCCAAUAACUGACGCUGGUUUAAGAAGGAAUCUGACGCUGGUUGACUUAACUUGUUGCUCUGUUCUCCAGGAGAAGUCCACUAGUGCAUUUGCAAAUUCCAUGAUGGGGCGAAAUCUAACACAUUAUUCCGAACCUUCAGUACAGGACCAUGGGUCUCCUCGUAGUAGGAAUCCCUCUAGGAAGAGUCAAUCUCGAACAGAAAGAUCUCCUACUCGUCAUAGAAAGUCCCACAGAGGCAGUUCUCCACCAAGUGAGAAAUAUUCAAUUCGCCCCAAGUCUCCCAAGCAUGCAAGGUCACCCUCAGCUCGCUCUCCUUUUCCCCAGACAAAAAGGCUAAGAAGAGCUGAAGCUGGAGGAGUGCCUGAGAGAGAACAGGAAAGGAUCAAUGGUAGGGGGAUCGGUCGGAGUUUACAGGAAGGUGGUUCUGAGGGAGAUGUUGGAAGUGAUAGAACGGAGAAAUUUUCAGGAAGGAAUGAUACUGAUGGUAAUACUUCAAGAUCAAGGCAUGGUACUUCUCCAUCAGAUAGAGACCGCAGGAGUAGACAUAGACACUCACCUCAACAUGCUGGUGAUACAAGAGAUGAGGAGAAAGUAAAUGAGGGCCGUAACAGAAAUCAUAGCAGAGGGAAUGAUAGAAGUAGGGAAAAUGAGACUGAAAGAAUGGAGAGAAUGACAGCAAAAGACAGUACUGGUCAUAUGUCUUCAAGAUCAAGGCAUGAUACUUCUCCAUCAGAUCAACACCGCAGGAGUAGACAUAUAUAUUACUCACCUCAACAUGCUUGUGAUACAAGAUAUGGGGAGAAAGUAAUCGAGAGCCGUGAAAGAAAUCACAGCAGAGGGAAUUAUAGAAGUAUGCAUAUGGAAAAUGAGACUGAAAGAAUGGAGAGAAUGACAGCAAAAGAGAGUACUAGUCAUUGGUCUUCAAGAUCAAGGCAUAAUAAUUUUCCAUCAGAUCGACACCGCAGUAGACACAGAUCUCACUCACCUCAACAUACUGGUGAUACAAGAGAGAAGGGGAAAGUAAUUGAGGGCCGUGAAAGAAAUCAUAGCCGAGGGAAUUAUAGAAGCAUGCGUUGGGAAAAUGACACUGAAAGAAUAGAGAGAAUGACAGCAAAAGAGAGUACUGGUCAUAGGUCUUCAAGAUCAAGGCAUGGUUCUUCUCCAUCAGAUCGACACCGUAGCAGUAGACAUAGAUAUCACUCACCUUACCAUGCUGGUGAUACAAGAGAUAAGGAGAAAGUAAUUGAAGGCUGUCAAAGAAAUUAUAGGAGAGAGAAUGAUAGAAGUAUGCAUAGGGAAAAGCAUUCAGAUAGGGAAUAUGAGACUGAAAGAAUGGAGACAAGGACAGCAAAGGACAGUUCUGGUCAUAGGUCUUCAAGAUCAAGACAUGGGCAAUCUACUUCUCCAUUGAAUGGACACCACAAGAACAGACACGGAACUCAUUCAUCUCAACAGGUUGCAGAUAUCAGAGCUCGCGAUGAGGGGCCUGAGUCGAGGGAGGCUAAGGAUGGGAUUGAAAAGAAUGAUUCAGUAGCUAUGAUGAGCGCUGCUGAGGAAGUCUUGGAAGCACAGAAAAAGCAAAAUCCUUCAUUUGAGUUAUCUGGAAAGCUUGCUAUGGAAACCAAUAGAUUCAGAGGAGAUAGCUAUAAGAAGAAUCUUCUUUCGAGUAGUAACUAUGAUGGUGAUGAAGACUAUGAUAAUGAAAGAACACGAGGCAUAUGUAGGCUGAAUCUAGCACCAAGAAAAAAAAAGCUUCUUGUGUUUGAUCUCAAUGGCUUACUAGUCUACAGAGUUUUUUGUUUCAACAAGAGUGGUAUUCCAAGGGAUCGUACUCCUGAUGGGAAAUGUGGAAACCAUCUAGUUUUUAAAAGAGCUUUUGCUGAGGAGUUUAUGCUAUUCUGCCUUGAAAGAUUUGAAGUUGGAAUAUGGACUUCUGCACUUGAGAAAAAUGUUGAUGGUGUCUUGGAUUGUGUGAUGGAAAAGCUGAGAAGCAGACUUAUAUUUGUGUGGGAUCAGCAUCAAUGUACUGAUUCUGGGUUCAAGUCCCUGGAAACGAAAAUGAAGCCUCUGUUUUUCAAAGAACUGAAGAGAGUAUGGGAUCAUUUUGAGGGAAAGUUUUCUGCAUCUGAUACUCUAUUGAUUGAUGAUCAGCCUUACAAGGCCCUUCUCAAUCCUCCUUACACAGGGAUUUUCCUGGAUCCCUACAUUCCUGACAAUGGUACUGACAAUGCUUUAGAUCCAAAGAAAGAGUUGGGGAAGUUUUUGGCUGGCCUUGCAUUUGCAGAUGAUGUUCAGCUUUACGUGAAGGACAAUCCCUUUGGCCAGCCUGCAAUUUCAUCUGAACAUCCUGAUUGGAAUUUUUACUCUCAUGUUCUCCGAAAACUUGGAAAGGAUCUAAUUUGUUAAAACUUGGCUUCAAUGAACUGAUGUGAACCGAAUUCUUACCCUAUGGUUGUACUUGCUUGCGGAGUUCAACUUCUGCUGUUGUCUCAUAUAAACAUCACACUUCAUAGAUUUUUAGUUGAACUCGUUAAUGGGGUUGUUCUAGUUGUUUAUGCAAUUGAUUAUUUCCUUUU